AAGUGCAGACAAAGACGCACAUUCAAAGAAGAUCGAGAGUUUCAUCUUUCUUACAUUAUCAAUCCUUCUUCAUUUUAAGCAAGGCAAGUGAUGUCAGUCAAUCAAAGCAUACAACGCUUGCAGUGAAGAUACGAUCGAUCACAACGUACAUAAAAGGCUUCGGAAGGAGGAUGGAAAGAUCUUCCUCAAAGACAUCUGCAAGUGGAAUAAUAGAUGAUCCAAAUGCUGCUAGUAAUGGUCUAGGAGCAAAGCAGAGGAUCAUUCCCGAAAGUAGAAGGGCAGAUGGUAGUAUACGUAAGGAAAGAAAGGUAAGACCAGGAUUCACGCCCGUUGAAGAUGUAGCCAGAUUUGUACCUUCGAGAGUAAGGCAAGCAAGAGCAGACGCUGCUGCAAGUGGAUCGAAAUUGAGUACGAAUGGAGUUGCAAGUAGAGAAACACGAAGCUCCACGGAAUCGAAGAAGUCAUCAACCCAUGCUAAACUCGUAGGGCAGGACAGAAAGCCACAGAUUGCUUCAAGCUCUCCUUCAGAAACCUCCGAUGCUAACUCACACACAGAUUCAAACAAAGAAUUGCCAGGCAAGACCACCUCAACAAAUGGCAAUGUCAAACACAUCAAAAAGCCUCCUUCAUCAGACGUUCCUGAAUCGUGGGAUGACGAUGACCAUAGCGGCGAUCAAGUUGAAAGAAAGGAUGAUACAUCUGUAGACGAGAUCACAAAAGAACUGCAAUCGGUCAAUAUUAAGAACGGCAUCUAGGCAUAACCUCGUAUGUAGUUGGACUUUGUAAUAGUAAUCUUGUAAGCAUAUGCAAUUGCUAUUUGUAACACUAGAAUACAAUGAAUGCAACAAAUCUCCUUCUUCUUCAUACCAAAGGCAUAUCACGCACAAAUGACAAAGUGCCCAUGCAGUAUUGUACAAGAUCCAACAAUCG